CUUUCUCGCGGUCGGCUCGAUGCAGACCGACACCUCCAACUGGACUGGGCAGAAUUUCAUGGCUGCCGGGUGGUCGGGGCUGCUGACAGGAGCCGCAGUUUGCACCUUCGGCUUCCUCGGUUUUGUUGGCAUCGUGUCUCAGAGCUGCGUGCAGAGCCAGGGUCGAAAACUGAGACUUGCCGCCGCUGGCGUCACGCUGCUUGUCAUGUUCCUGUCUUAUUGUGCCGUCGCUGUGGUGGUCUCCAUGAUGGUUCAGUUUCAGGCUCUGAACUGGUCUCCUGUGCCUCUCCUUCGUGUGUUUGAGAUCCGUGAUGUUGACUGGGCGCGCCUGGUGAUGGCGACUCUCAGUAUACUGGGCCUUUCUCUGGCCUUGCUCGAAGUGUGCACUCCUCUGUAUGUGCUGGUUGUGUGUUUGAGCAGAGAGGAAUGGCGAAUAUUACCGUGCGCCUUGGGUAGAGAGAAUGCCAGUACGGGCACACCGGUACUAGCGAUAUUGGCCGCUGGGAUACCUGCCAGUCUCCUGGCCUGCGUCUGUCCGCUGUGGCUGCUGGUACAGGUGAUGUGUGUGGGUCCACUCAUUGAUCACGCUUUUAUAGCCGCCACAGUAAUCCAUAGGCGCUACCAGCCACACACACCUGUCAGGACCAAGAAUGCUGCAGAUAAGAGGGUGAAUUAUCAUCAUAUGGAUCAAAAUUCCAUGUCACUUUGUCAUCCACUUGAUGAUUAUGAUGAGUUUGAUGACGACGAUACAGAGGCAGAAGGGCAGAAACAACAUAAGUUAACAGUUCGUUGUCUGAAGUCUGGCCUGGGCUUCCUGCCAGCUGUCCUUCGUCAGCAUGUCUCGUCAGGACCCCUCCAGCAAUACUACACCAGCCUCUCCAGUCCAGGCGCCGUCCAUAAUGGCAUUCCUCGAACACAGACUGACCUGAGCAGUGCCACGUUCUCUUCCGAGUCCAUCGACGUCACGUAUAUGGAUCCCGAUAGCAUCAGUCUAGUGCAGAGAAAUGUAAUGAAAAAUGAAAUUAACCACAGCUUUAGCAAUGGAACUAUUGUAACAUCAUUAUCUUAUGAUUCGAUGACACAGGGUCAAAUGGAUACAAGGUAUAUGACUAAUGGUUCUGUGACCUCUCUGAAAUCUAUUGAAUCAGUGAUCAUGGAUCAAAGUGAAUUAGAAUUGAAAAAUGUUCCUGUUCCCUCAGUAAAGUGUCCAAAUUCUGUGAUCCAUAUUCAGGACGACGCAAAAAUUAUCGGUGAUCACCCGUUCGUCUCGACAGAAUCUCGUCUUUCCGCGGAACGACGUCAAGAUUCUGUUGGUUCGUCAUGUUCUUUAAAUGGUGAUGAAGAAGGCAGCAAGGUUACUUGUCAUGGUUCUGUAAAUUCUUCAAGGAAAGCGUUUAAUUUUAGUAACGGGAAACUAAUAAUAAAUGGAGAUGCAAUCGAAGACUUAUCAAUGGUCGGAAGUGACUGUGACACGCUGUCCGCAAAUGGGGCCAAACGUUGUAAUAAUGAAAGUGGAGCCACAGGGUACGAAGAACAGGACAGAACGACACACAGUGCAGGUGAUGAUUCUGAUACUGACAAUGAGGGUGCAACACUGUCUUCCGCAUCGACGUGCGGCGGAGAGGCAGACGAUAGUGACGACAGUACGACGGACAUUGAUGCCAUAGUGGCAGAGUACAAGGAGCGGAUUAAAGUAGCCACAACGCUGACAGGUGUGCAGCCAGUAGCGUGCGAACCCACUCCAGCAACAGGUCGACGUGUCACGCUGUCGUUGGUCGGGGUUCUGGUCUGCGCGUUGGUGGCGGGGAUAGCUACAGUCCGUCCCGAAGCCGCGAUUCUGUGGUGUGGGAGCCUGGGUGUUGCGGGAACCCUGUUUCUCCUAGCUGCGAUCGCACGGCAACCACAAAACCAUCGGGGAGCGGAAACCACCGUGCCUCUUGUCCCUUGGCUGCCAGCCGCAGUGGUUCUCAUCAACACAAUCCUGUGUUCGCAGCUUUUGGCGACCGUCUGGCCAGCCAGCGUCCUCUGGCUAGCUACAGGUCUCGUACUUUAUUGGCGAAAACGCUGUCGGUGGUGGCCACGUAACUCUCCAGGGACUGGAGGUGGUAGUGGCUCAACUCGGAGAGAACGUAUUCGUCUUCAUGCGCCUCCUCACCAUCCCACGGUGUCCACGCUGAUUCCCAGUCAUCGACAUCUCCCAGACGACCGGGUCGGUCGGCUGACUCGAGUAGACACCAUCUUGAUAUCCAGAUGAUUAUAUAUUCAUAAUUCGUAAAUAAAUUGAAUAACGUCUUCAUUAAGCUUUUUUUGGCUUCUGUGGGACGGUGAUUGGUUCGGUCAUGACGGAGAUCUUAAUGAAAGAAAUCGCUGGAAUAGCGUUCUGGGCCUCGUUCUAAAUAAAUGGCGACUAAUCCUAUUUAAUGCGUUUUACGAGUAAUUUCUUAAUACUAGUUUAACCAGUUUAGAUGAUUUGAUUUAAUACUGAUCACACGUCCGUGAGGUCCGGAGUCCAUUUUCUCAGAGGAAAAAAAAAGCACGUGCCAACGAAAAUAAUGGCUUGUGUUUUGAAAUGGGUUUUUUUGUGCCUAUUUUACUCUCGGUCAGCGAAUCAAUUAAAUAUGUGAUAAAUUAUGUAUUAUUAUAAUAUCCCUUGUAAAUAAAAGUACCGAAAUAUGUUAUGACCCAGAUGUGAAAAUUCCUUUCCUUUUCGAAACGUGGCGAUUGUGUGAGGUUGAGGCUUUAUUUUAAGUUUUGAAUGAAUUUGUUUUGGCUGUUUUGUUAUGGUUGAAUAAAUUAAGUUCGUAAAACA